AUGCCGGCGACACUUACGCUGAGCCUCUCCACCGCAGCCUCCAUUGCAACAUCCACAGCCCACCAUAACCCGGCGCACGGCUCCACCUCAGCAUCCUCACAAGCUAAUUCUCAAAACAUCCUCCGGUUCCUCGGCUCUCUUCUCUCGCCUCUCGCCCGGCUCUCGGCACCCCCAAAGUGCCUGCUCCUCGGCCCUCUCUACCCGACAUCUCCUGCUUCUCGGUCGACUCCAAAGAGAAAGGACGAUUUUGAAUCAGUGGUGAUGGAGCACCUACGUAUGAAUGGCGCUUACUGGGGAUUGACUACUCUUGAUAUUUUAGGAAAGCUUGGUGCAUGUGAUCAAGAUGAGGUUGUUUCAUGGGUCAUGCAGUGCCAACACAAAUCUGGAGGUUUUGGUGGAAAUAUAGGACAUGACCCUCAUGUAUUGUAUACACUUAGUGCUAUUCAGGUCUUAGCCCUGUUUGACAAGAUAGAUAUUCUUGAUGUUGAGAAGGUUGCCAACUAUAUUGCCAGCCUACAAAAUGAAGAUGGGUCCUUUAAUGGUGACAUAUGGAGUGAAGUUGAUACAAGGUUUUCUUACACUGCUAUAUGCUCUCUUGCAUUAUUACAUCGCUUGGACAAAAUAAAUGUGGAAAAAGCUGUAAACUACAUUGUGAGUUGCAAGAAUUUGGAUGGUGGAUUUGGAUGCACUCCAGGAGCAGAAUCUCAUGCUGGACAAAUUUUCUGUUGUGUGGGGGCCCUUGCUAUCACUGGUGCGUUGCAUCAUGUUGAUAAGGAUCUCCUCGGGUGGUGGUUAUGUGAACGACAAGUGAAAUCGGGAGGUCUAAAUGGGCGGCCCGAAAAGCUUCCUGAUGUCUGCUAUUCAUGGUGGGUUCUUUCCAGUUUGAUCAUGAUCGAUAGAGUUCACUGGAUUGACAAGGAAAAACUCGUUACGUUCAUAUUGGAUUGUCAGGAUAAGGAGAACGAGAGAGACGAGAUGAACUCAGUGAUUGCGAUAGGAAAUCUGGAACUAGGGCUGGACGAUGAUACUCUUCUCGAUUUAUGGGGCGAACUAAAAUCUCUGAACUCUUGGCUAUGGAAUUUAAGGAUCGAUUUGGGCGAGAUUUGA